AUGUUGCACGUGCCCGGAUCUUCUGAGGCCUCUGGAUUUUACCGUGAGUUCACUGGUGAAGAUGUCGGAAUCGAGCAAGAACCUGGGAUUGAAGUGUCAGCGAUAGAGGGAUCGACACAGACACGGAAUAGCGCGAGAUCCCCAGAUCAUCAGAGCUUUAAGAGGGACUCUGAUGAGCUGAAAAAGAAAGAGGAAGAUCGAAAGAUCGAUAUGGAAGAUAGACCUCGACCCCCACCAAGCGUCCCUUCGGGGGCCACCACAGAUCGCUCUGCAAAGAGCGAUGUGAUAGAUGAAAACCCAAUGGUGAAAACCAAACCGGUGAAAGCCAAACCCUAUCUUCUCGUCGACAGGUACCCUGACCUCAAGUCGAGAAAGACGAUCACGAGGUCUACCACACCGGGUCGAGCUAAGAUGAAAACGCCGAGAUCGGAAGGCAAGGAUCGCCAGAUCGACCAGACCGUAGAAACGAAGAUCGGAGUCAAAGAGGAACACGAUAAAAAAAAUUGA